GGGGGGGGAACAAGCCCCCACUAGGAGGUUUUUUAGGAUCAAAAAGUGCUGACAGACUGGAGGAAGGUGAGGGAGACGGAGAACAUUGUGCUGUGCAGCACACACUGCUGACGCAUACAGCACAGAACUGCAAAUAAAGGUAACCGACUUCAGCACUGGACCAUCUGAAAGCGAGCCCAACCCAGAAGUGGAGGGCAUGAGAGUGUCCAGCCUGGACAGAACAAUCCGUCACGGAGCAGUCGCACACCCGCACACUGCAAGGACAAACCAGUCCACCUGAAACACAAGUGGAGCACCUGGAGACCAUUCAUGAGAACAUGCAAACCCCACGUGUGCUAAACCCAGAUUCAAAUCCACAAGAGCUGUGAAGCACCAGAGCUACCUACUAUGCCACCAUGCAGCCCAGAAAAAAACUGCUGUUUCUUUCAUCAUUUAAGUGAUGUAUUUUUGGAACUUAUCAGGGUGAAAGAUCUGUUUCAAUCUUGCUCAAGUGUAGUUUUUUAUUAUUAUUAUUAACUCACAAACCAUGUCUUAUUCGAGACUGAUACUGAAAUGGUUCAGGACAGGGAACCAUUCUUGCAGCACACCCUCCACUUCUAGUUCCUGUACACUGUUCCUCGAUAGCUGUGGGUUUUCCUGCCACCGGCCCCUUUUCUUUUAGGUAGGUGUGUGCGCGCGCGCGCAUGUGUCACUUCCUCAUCAAUUUCCCGAGGUACCCCAGUCUUCCAACACAAACCCCUGACCGAUUUCUCAAGGCUGGUCUUUCAAACAGCGACGGGGGUCACCUUCAGUGCUGCUGGAAGCUGUCUUGGUCCUCAUGCAAGUUCACACUCAUUGAGGGGCUUGAGAACUGCAGAGGUGCUAACCGCUUCCUGGUCUGCCUUAUCAUGCAGCACAAGAGGUUUCUGUCCAGAGACACCACCUCCAGCAAGGAGGUCCCAUCAGUUAGUGUUGUAGGACAUGGAGCGCAGGAGAUGGGGAGAGCCUUGGGGGGGGGGAGGGGUGGAGACCAUCUUAAUGUGCCACUCUAGUGUGCCUGGAUGAGCCCAGAUCAUCUGAGACCACGGAGAGAGACAGUCCUCCACCCUGUCCUCCAGCCAUCUAGCUGAGCUUCUGAGGGACUCUCCGUUGGCCACCUCUUCCUCCUGCAAGGCCCACAGUGCAAGGCCAUGGACUUUGUCCGCAACUUCACACACUUCAAUGAGGACAUUCCCUGGUUCGUAGAGGAGUGCACCCUCGCGCUGAAUGUGGACUACCGGCGCAUCUUCCUCUUCCUGUCCUACCUUAUGUUGUUUAUGGUGGGCCUGGUGGAGAACUCGCUGGUAGUGUGGAUCAACUGGAAGCGGAGGCAUUCUUGCAGCAGAGUGCUAUUCUGCGUGCUCAACAUCGGCAUUUCGGACCUAAUGAUGGUUCUGGUGAUGCCCUUCUUCAUGCUGGAGGUGGCCAUAGACAUGGUGUGGCUGUGGGGCCGUUUCCUCUGCAAGUUCACGUACCUCGUUUACGUCAUGAACUUCUACAGCAGCACCUUCUUUCUGGCCUACAUGACGCUGGAGCGCUACUGGUCGCUUGUCGGCCCUCAGCCGUACACCUGCGGCCUGUCAGAGCGCUACUGGCGGAGGUUAAUGUGCGGCGGCCUGUGGAUGCUGGCCGUGCUGCUGACCUUUUUGGAGAACGUGCACGUUGACCUGGUGGAGUGGGAUGAGCCUGGCUGCUUCAUGAUGCCUGACUACAGCUACACUGAAUGGUUCGCCUCCAUCUCCAUCCUCAACCUGCUCUUUCAGUUCAUUGGGCCUGGUGCCGUCAUCAUCACGUGCAACGUGAUGAUCGCACGGGCCGCGGCCACGGCCCCGGAUGUGCAGGGGCGCCGAGACGUGUGGCUCGUGCACGUGUACUCUCUCGCAUUCGUACUCUGUUGGCUGCCCUACCACCUGGUAGCCAUCUUCCUUACGGUGGAUGAUCUAGACCCAUACCUCUUCAGCUGUGACACCAUGCACGCGUUCUACUUCUCCUACACCAUUGUUCAGUGCCUCUCACAGUUCCACUGCAUCGCCAACCCCAUCCUAUACAACUUCCUCAGCAAGAGCUUCCGCAAUACCCUCAUCAACACCGUGCUACAGUACGUGCCUCAGGAGGCCAUCGAUAGCCCAGUGAACGCGGCCCCGGCUGAGGUGGCCCCUGCAGAGAAAGGGCGGCGGCACAGUAUCAGCAGCACCACCAGCCACUCGGAUGUGAACCUGUGAAGUACUGGUCCAAAAACAGCGGUGGCACCACUCAACUUGGAACACAAGGGAAACCGGAGCCUUUUCCUUGAGCUACACGCAGCCUUAGAGCCGGUGACUCGGAGACCAUUGACAAGGGCAACACAACACGCAUGCUGCUUUUUGCAACGUGUGCUGUUUUUUUCUUAUAUACUCCCUCAAAUGGAGAUAAGCACUCAUUUUCUGUUGUGAUAACUGUAGUAGAGGCACUUCCACCUUCGCUCUAGGACUGUAAAAUGUCAUAUGCUACACACAUUACAAUGUGUGGCUGGAGUUAAAAAAAAAAAAAAAAAAAAGUUGACUUAAAGGGGGGGGAGAUCAAGUCAAGAUGCAAUGUUAUUACUGAUUAUAAAUGCUAAUGUAUUUUAUGCUCAGAGCUACUGCUCUUGUAUAUUUUGUCAGCGCCUUAACGGAUGUGAAUGAGUUUUGACAUCCAAUUAA